AAAGAAUUAGACAACACGACAUGGCACGAAGUAAAAAUGAAAAUUAGAGAAGUCCAAUCCGAGCAGCAUAUGUGUAUCGAUAAAGAGCAAUUGACGGAAUUAGAUAUAUAUCAUCGAAUUUUGAGAUUUAAAAACUAUAUGGUCGCUUUAAUGAACAAAAACCUUCUACCUGUCAAAUUCCAUCUUCCGCUAGUUGGAGAGGUUACUACCCUGAGCCGUGGAUUGCUGUUUAACAUACAUGUAAUACUAUUCAGUAAGUAAAAUAAAUUUGUAAUAAUUUAAAGUGUGUCCACUUUCGAAUAACGAUACUCGUAACAAAAAGAGUAUGUAUGAUAGUGUAUGUCAUAUUCACAUACAAAAUAAACUAAAUCUUAUCUUAA